CCAGCGGUCUCCUCCGGCGGUGGUUCUCCGGGAUGCUGAGCGGGCGGGGCCGGGUCGUCUCGCAGUGCUGUGCCUUGGAGUGAUGCGGAGACAGGUCCGGGACACAGAGGGACACACGGGGCAGCAGAGCUAACACCAGUGCGGCUGUUCUCUUUAGGAAAUCACACUGGUUCAAAUCUCUGGUUGUGUAUUUUACAAGCACAAUGGAUUUACCUGAGAACCUGCUCUAACGUGAACAGCGGAGUCAUCCCCGCCGCCUGGCACACGGACAUCUUGUUUCUCUCGGAGACUGAGGAGAAUAUUUUCCGCCCGGCUCCGGAGCACCAGGAGCUUCUCGUGGGUUGUUGUGUCGCCGUGUGACCCGCAGCAUGGCGUGGCCCUGUAUCAGCAGGGCGUGCUGCAUGGCCCGCUUCUGGAACCAGCUGGACAAGGCGGACAUCGCGGUGCCUCUGGUCUUCACCAAGUACACGGACGUGUCGGAGAUGCAGCACAUCCAGCUGCAGCCGCCGCAGGCCCGGGUCACCAUAGAAACGCAGCCGUCUCGCGCAGAAGCCCGCGCCGCGUCCGGACGCGCGCCGCGGAGGUGCGUCUCCGAGGAGCGCGUGUGCAGCUCGGUGAUGCGCGAGGACUUCAAGCACUGGAAGGUGCGCCCGGAACCGAGCUGCAAACCUAAGAACGAGUACCACGGGCCCGAGACGCCGUUCGACAGCGAGACCCAGUACCAGAAGGACUUCAAGCCCUGGCCCAUCGCGAAGAGGUACGACCACCCCUGGAUACCCAAACCAGCCGCCGGGGAGGACCCGCGCCACGCGAAGCAGCUCGCGGCGCGGGCCGACGCGGACAGCGGCGUGGAGAAGAGCGCCAUAGCCGACAAGGUGCAGGAGAAAGACCUGCUGCCGGCACCCGAGAGGAAAAAACGGCCCGGUAAACCGCAGGUCGAUCUGAAGGUGGACGGAGAGGGCAAAGGGAGGGCGGCGGCUGAUGCUGUGAAUAGGCAGAUCAAACAGGAGAUCACAGGCGGCAGCUCAUACAAAACUGAAUUUAAGGCUUACAGAGAUGUGAAGCCUGCCAAGAUGAUCCGGGCCAAGUCCCAGUACCUGCCACCGGAUGAGAAGACCUGCCUGGAGACCAGCUACAGUGCCACCUUCAAGGGGCAAGCCCUGCUGCAGCCGGCUGACAACAAGGCCCUGGAUAGGAGGAGGAUACGCAGUUUGUACAGCGAGCCUUACAUAGACCCCAUCAAUCAGGUUGACAGAUAUAGUUCUCGCUCUAAACCCAAAAAGUCUGGAGCCACAGCGGCUGGCCAGGGCAAGCCAGUGAAGAAAGCCAAAGAUAAGCAGAGCGCCGGGCUGAAGGGCUCCAAGAAGACGACCUCGGAGAGCCAGUCCGAGAACCGUCCGGCGGUGGGGGACAAGGAGAAAAGGUUGUGCUAAAACAGUACCACUACAUACAACUCUGCCAGCCAAUCCGAGAUAUUGGCUGGGUGCAGACUCUAAAGCAACACCUGUGGGGCUGUGCACUACCCAAUCCCAGGUAACCGAUCACGAGCGCGGCUAGGCCAAAAAAAGGCCCGAGCCACAAAUGCCACUCAUACACUCAUAUCCAUACAUGCUCAUAGAGUUUAUGUUUUAACGUUUUAAUACAGUGGCACAAUUUUCUUUUUUUUCUGGUGAACCACCGCAUUAUUUCUGGCCCACCCCUCAGGCCAUGGCCCCUCUGUGUUUCUCUUCCAUAUGGACACUAGACUAGGGGGUGAACGGGGCUGUCUGACCGCCUGCUCUCACAUCCCACAUGCAAGGUUCCUUAAGGUGCCUCUUCUUAAGGAGGCCGCAGGUUUAAGUCCUCAUCAUCUCCACCAUCAUGACCCUCUGUCGACUGCAGUGCUGCACCCUCUCCCUCUUCACGGCUAAAACUAACUGCACGACAUUGUUUUGAAUUAUGAAUCAUUAUACGAGUGAAUUUCCCACCCAGGGAGGAGAGUGGAGGUCACUGCCUCACACGCCAUGAAAUCAAUGAAGUGUUGCAUUUUGCAUCUCAGCUUGUUGAUGGUUAAAAUGUGCAUACUACUGUAUGUCUAGACUAUAAUGAUCAUUUUCUUUCAUUCAAACGCAUGCUGCCACUGUUUUCUGUUGGACCUGCAAUCAGAUGUUUAUGUUUAGAUCGAGAAUAUCUGUACAGUUUUGGCAUGGAUGUAUGGUGAGCUCGACUGGGGUGAGUAUUAAUGGAAUGAGGGAAGAUGCUCUGCUUUGGAAAGAGACGAUUCAAAGGAAAUUGUAAGUGCAUGUUAAUGAUCUUCUCUCUAAUUUGUACCAUCUAGUAUCUUUGUUUCACAGAACACCCCGAGACCCUCAUUGAACUAUGGACAUCCUGUAGUUCAUGUCACGGAGAUGAAUUGAGUCUGUCAAAGUGAGGAUUAAAACCAUUGGUCUGUAUUGAUCUAAAUCAGUGGUUCUCAAUCUUUGGAACUUCAAGGACCGACACAAAUUAGACCACGGACCCCCAUUUGACAAGAUCUGUGGUUUUCAAUGUUUUAUAACAGGACGUGUAUGAAAUUUGGGCCCAAAAUACUCAAACAUUCCAUAAGCAUGUUAUAGUGAAAACUAAUUAUUCCCUGGAAUUAUAUACCCUGGAAGCCCUUUAAUUAUGAAACCCUGAUCGAAAUAAACCUUCAGAAAAUACACAAUAACGUAUUUAUUCCAAAUCCUUAUUCCAAUAGACAAGUUUUCAAAGAUACACUAUGAAUUAUAAUCACAAGAUUAUCAUGAGGCAUUUUAAUGUCAUAUCUGUGGGAGACAGAAUAAAGGAGCUGUAGUUAAUGUAGCUGGAGUGUCCGUCCCUAAAACAAAGCUCUGAUAUAUUCUCCUCUAUAAUGAGUGGUCACAGGGUGCUCAGCUCAGCUUAUCCCAAUGCUUUGCUGUUGUUCGCCCGAGAAAAAGGUCUCAUACUUUGUCUCUUUCUGUCUGCUUCUUCUUCCUCUCUGGUAUCGUUACCAUGUGCU